UAAAUACUAUUGAUACCACUUUGCGAAACUGAUACCUCUGUUUUAUUAACCUUUUCUUCUCACUUCCAUGCUUAAACCCACAACUUCCCCACUCAAGAACUAACUUUCAACAUGUUAAACCCUCUGACAUUUCUUUAUUAACACUUUAAACCCAUCUUUCUCCUCCUUUUUAUAAACUGUUUUUUCUCCCCUGUUUUUUCUUCUACAAAAAUUUAAAAAAAAACAGAGUAAAAAUGGGCAGAGCAACUCGUUGGUUGAAGUCACUUUUAGGGAUGAAGAAGCAAAAUGACAAGGAAAAAACGCCUAAAUCUAUCAAUAAUGAUGAUUUGAAGAGAGAUAAAAUGUGUAUGGUUGAAAGAAGGUGGAGUUUUACUAAACCAACAAAGGAGAAAGUUAAAGAUAAGGAAAAUCAAUGGUUUAGAAAUUACAUUAGUGAGACUGAAAUUGAACAAACUAAGCAUGCUAUUGCUGUUGCUGCUGCUACUGCCGCAGCGGCCGAUGCGGCCGUUGCGGCAGCUCAAGCAGCUGUUGCUGUUGUUAGAUUAACUAGCAAAGGCAGGGGAACUCUGUUUUCUGCUGGUGGAAGAGACAGAAUGGCUGCUAUCAAGAUUCAAACCCUUUUUAGGGGUUAUUUGGCCAGAAGAGCACUUAAAGCUUUAAAGGGGCUGGUAAAAUUGCAAGCUCAUGUUAGAGGAUACCUUGUACGAAAGCGAGCUGCAGCAACUCUCCAUAGUAUGCAGGCCCUCAUUAGAGCUCAGGCAUCUGUACGAUCUCAAAGGGCUAAUUUAGCCCAAAACCGAUCACGAAAAUCGAUGGAAAGGUUGGAUGAAACUAGAAGUGAUCAAUUCCAUAGCAAGAGACUAUCAACUUCAUAUGAACGAGUAUAUAACAAUGCAUAUGAAGGGAGUCCAAAAAUUGUUGAGAUUGACACAUAUAAUAAGCCUAGAUCAAGAUCUAGGAGGAUCAACCCUUCAUUGUAUGAUUUUAGUGGGGAAGAUAUGCAAUACCCCACAAUGUCUUCACCUCUACCAUAUCCUUAUCCGGGCCGGGUAUCCAUACCCAGCAAAGACUAUGAUUGGAGCUUCUAUGGGGAUGAAUGUCGGAUCUCAACAGCCCAAAGUACACCUCGAUUUUCGAACUCGGCUCGAUCAAAUGGUCCUCCUACACCCACCAAGAGUGUGUGUGGGGAUAGCUUCUUUAGGCCUUACUCCAACUCUCCAAGCUACAUGGCGGAUACGCAAUCGUUUCGGGCCAAGUUAAGGUCUCAGAGUGCACCUAAGCAAAGGCCCGAGGCCCGGAACAAAAGUAGGCUAUCAUUGGAUGAGAUAAUGGCAGCAAGAAAUAGCAUUAGUGGUGUUAGAAUGCAAAGAUGUAGUUCUCAAGUUCAAGACACUUUGAACUUGUGAAAAUAUAUCACAAUUUCCCUUCACCCCAAAUGUAGGGAUAUCCCUUUGUGAUUUAAUUUGAGUAGUGAAGCAAAGAAAUAUUUGUAGAGUAGAGAAGGAGAAUUAAGAGCUUCUUACUCUUUAAUUAGUCUUUAUUAUGUUUUUCAGUAGGUUAGUAGCUUUUACGUACCAUGCAACUGAUUAGUGAAAGACUGGAAACACAGGGUGAUUGUAUAUUCUAAAGAAAUCAAGUAAUUUUCAUUAGAA